ACAUCUAGAACUUGCUUGAAAAUGAGGCCAAACCCAAUCGAAGUCGGGGGACCGCGACAAAUUCAAAUACAAAAGAUCAUUAGCAACGCAUUUGAAUGGCUUUAAGGCUUUCAACCCUCUGUGCCAUAAUAGAUGAAGCGGUAUUGAACUUGCAGGUGCGACAUUUCUCAUCAAAUUUUCUGCCCAGAGGGUUCGAAGCCGCAUCGACCCCGUCAUCUCCCCGACACCAUCAACCAGAGGACUUUUACCACCCCGACGCUGCCCACCCAUCCCCACAUCACUUUUUGAUGAUCCCUGCAUGUGAGCUCAACAUUAGGGAUGUUGCGUAGUCAUGCGACCCUCCGUCUCCAAAUUGCCCGGCCCCAAAAGACUGCAAGUUGGCCAACCACUAACAGUGAGAAUCCAAGCUAAAUGUGACUUGCUUCUCGGGAUUCCGCAAGGGACUGCAUCGUUUAGCUCCUAGAUAGUGGUUAUCC